CAGGAGCCGCAGCCUGCCCUGCCCUGCCCUGCCCCAUGGCCGCGGGGCCUCGUCCGCCUGACGCCGCCGCCAGCGCCCGCGAGCCCUGAUUCUGCCCGCGGAGGCCAUGGAGAGGAGGUUGGAAGCCAAAUUCAGCAUCAGCUCUCGUGGUUUAUCUGGAUGUUGCCUGGGAAAACAUGCAAAGUGGCUGGGAAAGCUGCACCUGUUCUACGUGUGUGCCUGCCUGAAUGCGCUGUGCACGUCUACAGAUGCAAGCUGGAAUGCAGCCACGUGCCAACCGGGGAAGAUUCUGUUUGGUGGCCGCUUGAGAUCAUGGGGAGAUCACCACUUGUGGGUCCUGGAAGGAUUUCACACCAUACAGACGUGUCAGACGGCUUGUUGCCAGAGCCCCACCUGUGACGCAUUUUGGCUUUUGGAAAACAUGUGCAUCCAGGUGAACUGUACAAUGUCCAGCAGGUGUCAGGCUAAUAGGACCGACUCCUCCAACUCCAUUCUGGUGUUCUUAAGGAAAUCUAAAACUGCAGAGGGGUUAUUAGGGUCUCGAACGGAAAGUGAGGUAGAGACUACAUUUCACAAGUGGCUGGAUUGGAGCACAUCGGGCCAAGCCAAGCGGAGACUGCGGAGAUCCUCCCAAGGGUUGCUAGUGCAGAAACAAGACCUGGAAAAUGGAAGGACAAGCCUGCUAAAAAGGGAAACAUCUGGCAGUCCCGGUGGCGGGAUUGCUGCUAAGCAGGCCACCAGAUCCAUGGAUAGUGUGUCUAGAAGCAGCUGGAGUUCAGGUAGGCAGAACCUGAACCGACCAGAACCUAGACCCUCAGUCCAAAAGGGACCUGUUCCCAGAGACACAGUGAGUAGAGAGAGAAGCUUGCUGCAAAAAGGAGAGGAUUCAAGAGAGAAGAAAACCAAAAGCCCACCCCCUCCUGAGAGUGAUAACGUGAAUGGAGCAGGUGAUCCAGGCAGCAGUGGUUCUCUGUGGGUCCAUGCAGGAACGUCCACACUAGUGCCAUCUGUAUUGGCUACGUUCUCCAGCCCCAUUGCGCUGGGCUUGAUGGCCACUGGAAAGGCAGAGAAACCCGAACAGCCAAGUGGCACUUCUGUCCACCCUCACUCUUUAGAGAAGACGCUACCUACGUCUAGCCCUCCUCAAGGGAAAACUGCUGUGAAGAUGCAGGGUGUUACCUCUGUGCCAACUGUUGUCCCCACUAAUUAUAGUGUUACCACAGUCCAACCCAGCCCUGCAACAUCACCAAGUACUGCUGCUCCAAAACCAGUUAUGAAGGAGCUGGUAGUUUCUGCUGGAGACAGUGUCCAAGUGACCCUUCCAAGGAAUGAAGUUCAGUUAAAUGCAUUUGUACUCCCUGAGCCACCAGCAGGAACCAGCUAUUCCUAUGAGUGGGAGCUGAUCACCCAUCCGCAGGACUACAGUGGAGAGAUGGAAGGCAAGCACACCCGGACCCUCAAACUCUCUAAGCUCACCUUUGGCCUGUAUGAAUUCAAAGUGAUUGUUGAUGGAGAUAAUGCACAUGGGGAAGGUUAUGUGAAUGUGACGGUGAACCCAAAGCCUCGAGUGAAUCAGCCUCCUGUUGCCAUCGUGUCACCGCAGUUCCAAGAGAUUUCCUUGCCAACCAUCUCUACCGUCAUCGACGGCAGCCAAAGCACUGAUGACGAUAAAAUUGUCAGCUACCACUGGGAAGAACUAAAGGGGCCUCUGCGGGAAGAGAAGGUUUCCACUGAUACUGCCAUAUUAACACUGACCAACUUGGUCCCUGGGAACUACACAUUCAGCCUUACAGUUGUAGACUCAGAUGGAGCCGGCAAUUCAACCACUGCAAGUCUGACUGUGAAUAAAGCCGUGGACUAUCCUCCAGUUGCAAAUGCAGGCCCAAACCAGGUGAUCACCCUGCCCCAGAACUCAAUCACUCUCUACGGGAACCAGAGCACCGAUGACCACCGCAUUGUCAGUUAUGAGUGGUCGCUCAGUCCCAGCAGCAAAGGAAAGGUGGUGGAGAUGCAGGGUGUGAGGACACCAGUCCUGCAGCUCUCUGCCAUGCAAGAAGGUGAUUACACCUACCAGCUAACAGUGACCGAUUCUGCUGGCCAUCAAUCCACUGCAGAGGUUACUGUGAUAGUCCAGCCUGAGAACAACAAGCCCCCCAAAGCAGAUGCUGGUCCAGAUAAAGAGCUGACCCUCCCUGUGGACAGCACCACUCUCGAUGGCAGCAAGAGCUCAGACGACCAGAAGAUAGUCUCCUUCCUCUGGGAAAAAACCCGGGGCCCGGAUGGUGUGAAGCUGGAGAAUGCCAACAGCAGCACUGCCACUGUGACUGGGCUUCAGGUCGGCACAUAUGAAUUCACACUGACGGUGAAAGAUGAGAGGAACUUGCAAAGCCACAGCUCAGUUAACGUCAUUGUCAAAGAAGAAAUGAACAAACCACCAGUUGCAAAAAUUGCUGGGAAUGUCAUCAUCACCCUGCCCACAAACACAGCAGAGCUGGAUGGGUCCAAGUCAUCUGAUGAUAAGGGAAUCGUCAGCUACCUGUGGACUCGAGAUGAGGGGAGCCCUGCAGCUGGGGAGGUGUUAAAUAACUCUGACCACCACCCUGUGCUCUUCCUUUCCAACCUGGUAGAAGGGACGUACACAUUUCAUCUGAAGGUGACAGAUGCCAAGGGAGAGAGCGAUGUAGAUAGGACCACGGUGGAAGUCAAACCUGAUCCAAGGAAAAACAACCUUGUGGAGAUGAUUCUGGAUGUUAAUGUCAGCCAGCUGACGGAAAGGCAGAAGGGUAUGUUCAUCCGUCAGAUAGGCGUUCUGCUGGGGGUCCUGGAUUCGGACAUUACCGUUCAAAACAUCCAGCCGUACACAGAGCAGAGCACCAAGAUGGUGUUCUUUGUGCGGAACCAGCCUCCCCAUCAGAUAUUCAAGGGGCAUGAUGUGGCCUGGACGCUCAGGAAUGAACUCCGGAAACAGCAGUCAGACUUCCUCAUCUUCCGAGCCCUGGAAAUUAAUACCGUCACAUGCCAGCUGAACUGCUCCGAGCACGGUCGCUGCGACUCUUUCACCAAGCGCUGCAUCUGCGACCCUUUCUGGAUGGAGAACUUCAUCAAAGUGCAGAUGGGAGAUGGCGAGAGUAACUGCGAAUGGAGCGUACUGUACGUGAUCAUUGCAUCUUUCGUCAUUGUGGUCGCCUUUGGGAUCUUAUCCUGGACUGUGGUCUGCUGCUGUAAGAGGAGGAAAGGAAAAUCCAAAAGAAAAAGCAAAUACAAGAUUUUGGAUGCCACUGACCAAGAGAGCCUGGAGUUAAAACCCAACUCCAAAGCGGGCGGCCGACAGAAAGCUCAGGUCCUCAACACCAGCCUCAUGCACUCUGAGUCGGAGCUGGACAGCGACGAGGCCAUCUUCACGUGGCCGGACAGGGAGAAAGGGAAGCUGCUCCGCAGCCAGAACGGCUCCUUGCGGAAUGGACAGGUGCUGCCCAAGCCCAAGAACCAGAGGGAAGAAAUCCUAUAGCCCAGCCUGGGGGGCCCUUCCGUUAAGAGUCGCAAGGAAAGGGAAGGCUGCUCUGCUCCCCAGCCCUUGGGGGGCCUUCGGAGACCAGCUGGAUCCUGUUAGGACAAAGCUGCUAACUUACUGCCCAGAAAGAACCUGUUUUCUGGGUUCCUUUUCGUGUGACUAGAACCACUCGUACUUGAAUUCGGACUUCAAGGGAAAGUGAAGGAAGUAGCAGGAAACUGUGAAACGGAGACUGCCGGGCAGCAGGGGCGGGCCUGGCACAUGGAGCCCACGGGACAGAACCACUUCUAGCAGCUGUGAAAGCGCGGCCCCCACUCUGCCCCCCUCAGGCAGCCGCAGACUCCAGCCCUGCUUGCCGAGGGAGGUCUCCUCUCAGGAGGAGGGUCAGGGCUGUGGGGCGAAGCGCCUGUUGGGGCAGUGUCUGGCACUGGUGCACUGAUUUGUUUCCAACAAAUUGGUUCAUGUGCCAGCUAAGCUGCAAAAAAAGGCUCGCUCUCUCCCUGCCCUGACCCCCCUUACCACUCCCAGCUACUUAAGCACCGUUCUUUUAAGUGUGCCCCUGGCCUAUCCCACUGCCCAGCUUUGGGAGUGGGAGGGAAGGGAAGCACCAUGUUUCCACUGUGCCUGCUUACAGCUAGGAGAGGAGCUGUUUGGGUUUUGUAAUUGCUUUAAUUUAUUGUUAGUCCUUUCACUGGGAACGGAGAUGCCGUGGCACCUCCUCAAGCAUGGAGAGCCUGGCGUGAGGAUGCGCCCUGCCUCCUGCAGCUGUGGUGCUGGCUGCGGCCUCAUGUGUCCGGCCGGCUCUGCUUCCUAGCAGACCCUGGGGAUUGCUUGUGAAGGGGAAGCCAAGCACCUAGUAUGGGGGCCCCCCCCCAGGCCCUGAGACACUGCCCACCUCCUUCACGCUCCACAGAUCCUUAACCCCUCUCUCACAGCGUGAGGUGCUGCACACUGCAUCUCAACUCUUGCACUUAGAGCCACGUAUGGGUUUCUGCCUCCAGUCCCUGCUGGCUGGCUGGUCCCCUCCACAGCCCUUUGUGCGGCCUUAACUAGUCCCGUGUGCUCCCAGCAGCUUCAUCCUUUGGGCUGGCUGCUGGGGAGAGAGCACUGCAGAUCUAUCAGUGGCUCGAAAUGGGAGCGCUCGGGUCCUUGUCCAAAUAUCUGUGGGCAGCCAGGGCAGCUGCAGGCCUGCAGUGAGAGUGCCCUGCUGUGGGGCCCAGCCAAGACCUGCCCCUUGGAGCCAAGCAGCAUGUGAGGUGGAAAAGUGGCGUGUCCGUGCUGGCCCCCACGCCUUCCCUAACCCUUGUCCGCCUGUGCUGCUGUCUGGGCACAUUUCCCUUCUCUUGGGGAGUGGAGGAUGCUGCCGCUCCUUCAGGGAGGGGAGGCUAGUUUAUUGCCUUUUCUUUGUGUUCUAGUUCAAAAUCAGAAGCUUGUUUCAUUGGCUUUGGGUCUGACCAGCAAGAGGCUUUAAACUCCAGAGUUGUGUUUAUGUUGCUGCACUACUGACUUGUGUUAAACGAGAUGAAGAUUAAACUCGCUAUUUAAUUUGA